GGAAUGGUCGGACUGGAGUCACUGGGGCUCUGCACCCCCCCCUGCGGGCCCAGCCCCAGCCGGAGCCGCAGCCGCGAGUGCCAGCCCGUGCUGCCCGACUACCCGCGCACGGUUCCCAACGUGGGCUCCGCGGGCUCCUCCAACGUUUCCUUCUGGGGGGAGGCGCGGCCGCGCUGCGAGCCCCUGGGCGGGGAGCGGCUGCGGCUGCGGGAGACACGGCCCUGCCGGAACGUGCGGCCCUGCCCCCACCCCCACGAGCUCUGAGACCCUCGGUGACCUCGUGGGACCCCCCCGGACCCCAAACCCCC